AUGUUUGAGUCGGUCUUAUGUGUUAUCGAUGUUUUACUUUGCGAAAUUUUUACUUUACUCUGGAAUGCUGGUGGUGUUGCGGUUGGUGCUGCUGGAAUCGCUGACAGAGACUUGGUGUUGGCUUAUUUGAGGCUAAAGCCGACUGAGUUUGCGGGCGACGGCGACGCCCUAGAUUUUCUGGAGGAGGUUGAGCGGAAUGCUCAGAGACUACAGGCUUCUGAGAGACAGACCGUUAUGCUAGUAGAGAUGUCCUUGAAGGGUGCUGCAAAUGACUGGUUUCGUAGGGAGAUUCGCGCAGUUAUGGCUACUAUUACAUGGGCAGACUUUGUGACAGAAUUCAAGGAAUUUUAUCUACCUUUCUCAGUGACAGAGGGUUUCAGAGACAGACUACUGAUUUUGAAGAGAGGAGACAGAUCGGUACAUGAGUACACUACUGAGUUUGUGAGACUGAGUCGCUUUGUCCCAGAUCUGCAGACUGAACAGCAGAGGGUGAACGACAGAUACGUGAAAGGUCUGGGUGCUGACUUUAUUAGUCUUCUGACCGAGACGACCAAGGAAUUUUCUGCUACGAAGAAGGCGAGCGGUGGUUUUCAGAGUAGUGGACAGCAGGGUGGUAGCAGCAGCUAUCAGCACAAGCCUUCCCAGUACAAGAGUCAGAAAGGGGGUGUUCGGAAAGGGUAUCAGCCGUAUUCUCACAGUUCUGGUUACAGUGGGAGUAGCCGUGGAUCUGGUCGCGGUUACAGUGGUACCUCUAUCGUCCCGUUUUGUCAGAAUUGUAGGCGCAGACAUUCGGGACAGUGCACAGUGGCACCAGAUGCCUUGGUCUUAUUUGAUGCGUUCUGUAUUGAUGUUGCUCCUAAAACAGCUCCUAUUUCGAUACCGCCGUAUCAGAUGGCGCCUGCAGAGCUGAAAGAGUUGAAGGAACAGUUACAGGAAUUGCUUGAUAACGUCGAUGUGCCUAAGACUGCUUUCAGAACGCGGUAUGGGCAUUUCGAGUUUCUGGUCAUGUCUUUUGGGUUAACUAACGCACCAGCAGCGUUUAUGGAUAUGAUGAACCGGGUAUUCAAGCCGUUUCUGGAUCAGUUCGUUAUUGUGUUUAUUGAUGACAUACUGAUUUAUUCUCGGAGUGAGGAGGAGCAUGCUUUCCACUUGAGAACGAUACUGCAGACUUUGCGUGAGCAUCAGCUGUAUGCGAAGUUCUCGAAGUGCGAAUUCUGGCUGGAUCAAGUUACUUUCUUAGGACACGUGGUGUCAAAGGAUGGGAUCAAGGUUGAUCCGACGAAGAUUGAGGCGGUUAUGGAUUGGCAGAGGCCGAGGUCAGUUACCGAGAUCAGAAGUUUUCUGGGGUUAGCUGGCUACUAUCGUCGGUUCGUGCAGGAUUUCUCCAGAAUAUCUGCACCGAUGACUAAACUGACACAGAAGGGUGUUAAGUUUGAGUGGACUGACAAGUGCGAGGCGAGCUUUGAGAAGCUCAAAGAGAUUUUGACUACAGCUCCUGUAUUGGCUUUGCCAUCUGGCAUCGAAGGAUUCACUGUGUAUUGUGAUGCUUCCCGUAUCGGUUUGGGUUGCGUCCUGAUGCAACAUGGUAAGGUGAUUGCCUAUGCUUCUCGCCAGCUGAAGAAGCAUGAGGUGAAUUAUCCUACUCAUGAUCUGGAGUUAGCAGCUGUGGUUUUUGCUCUCAAGAUUUGGAGGCACUAUUUGUACGGUGCGUCUUGCGAGAUCUUCACUGAUCAUAAGAGUCUGAAGUACAUUUUUGAUCAGCGUGAGCUGAACCUGAGACAGCGGAGAUGGUUGGAGUUACUGAAAGACUACGAUUGUACUAUUCAGUACCAUCCGGGUAAGGCUAAUGUGGAAUCUUUGGGUACGAGAUUAGAUUUCAGUACUGCCUUUCAUCCUCAGACUGACGGUCAAUCUGAGAGG